CCUCCCGGGUGGGUGCCCUUCUCCUUGGACGCUGGAGACCCAGGACGAGGGUUUUCAUCACUGUAAAUGGUUGCGAGUCGAUGAACUGCACCUCCUGAAAAAGACGGACAGCCCAUCGUGUGAGCUGUAGAGUUUGUGGACGCAUUUCUAUUGGUAUCCGCCCCCAAAUCAUGAACGGCCCCCUGCACCCCCGCCCCCUAGUGGCACUGCUGGAUGGCAGAGACUGCACUGUGGAAAUGCCUAUCCUGAAGGACCUGGCCACCGUGGCCUUCUGCGAUGCACAGUCCACUCAGGAAAUCCAUGAGAAGGUGUUGAAUGAGGCUGUGGGCGCCAUGAUGUACCACACUAUCACGCUCACCAGGGAAGAUCUGGAGAAGUUCAAGGCCCUGAGAGUAAUAGUUCGACUUGGUAGUGGCUACGACAACGUGGACAUCAAGGCUGCUGGUGAGCUCGGGAUCGCUGUGUGCAACAUCCCAUCUGCUGCAGUGGAGGAGACCUCAGAUUCGACAGUCUGCCACAUCCUCAAUCUCUAUCGUUGGAACACAUGGCUGUACCAGGCCCUACGAGAAGGCACACGGGUACAGAGUGUGGAACAGAUCCGAGAGGUCGCCUCAGGAGCUGCUCGGAUCGGAGGGGAAACAUUGAGCCUCAUUGGCUUUGGUCGCACAGGACAGGCUGUUGCUGUUCGAGCCAAGGCCUUUGGAUUCAGCAUCAUAUUUUAUGACCCCUACUUACAGGAUGGGAUAGAGCGGUCUUUAGGCGUUUAAAGGGUCUACACCCUGCAGGACUUGCUGUAUCAGAGCGACUGUGUCUCCUGGCACUGCAAUCUGAAUGAGCACAACCAUCACCUCAUCAAUGACUUCACUAUCAAACAGAUGAGGCAAGGGGCGUUCCUUGUGAAUGCAGCCCGAAGUGGCCUGGUAGAUGAGAAAGCCUUAGCUCAGGCCCUCAAAGAAGGCAGGAUACGAGGAGCUGCUCUGGAUGUCCAUGAGUCUGAGCCCUUCAGCUUCGCUCAGGGCCCAUUGAAGGACGCUCCAAAUCUCAUCUGCACACCGCACACAGCCUGGUACAGUGAACAAGCAUCUCUAGAGAUGAGGGAAGCAGCUGCCACUGAGAUCCGCCGAGCAAUCACAGGCCGCAUCCCAGAAAGCUUACGAAACUGUGUCAACAAAGAAUUCUUCGUGACUUCAGCUCCUUGGUCAGUCAUUGACCAGCAAGCAAUUCAUCCCGAGCUCAAUGGUGCCACAUAUAGGUAUCCACCAGGCAUUGUAGGUGUGGCUCCAGGAGGGCUUCCUCCAGCUAUGGAAGGGAUCAUCCCUGGAGGCAUCCCUGUGACUCACAACCUCCCCACAGUGGCACACCCUUCCCAAGCUCCCUCCCCCAACCAGCCCUCAAAGCAGGGAGACAAUCAAGAGCACCCCAACGAGCAAUAGCAGAGAAUGCCUGA